AUGGAGCAACCUUAUGUGUACGCCUACCCACCAGGCACGGGACCUUCGGCUCCUCCGCCUCCACAAGGCGGUGGGGUCGCCGGAGUGAUCGUGGAUCCACGGUUCUGCGCUCCGUACCCCGUGGAUCUGGCGAUAGUGCGGAAGAUGAUGAAGUUAACGGACGGUAACUUCGUUAUAACGGACGUGAACGGAAACCUGUUGUUCAAGGUGAAGGAACCGGUGUUUGGUCUUCACGACAAGAGGAUCUUAUUGGAUGGUUCUGGAUCUCCGGUCUUGACUUUGAGAGAGAAGAUGGUGAGCUUGCAUGACAGGUGGCAAGUAUUCAGAGGCGGGAGUACGGAGCAGCGUGAUCUGCUGUACACGGUGAAGCGAUCGUCGAUGCUUCAGUUUAAGACGAAACUUGAUGUGUUUUUGAGCCACAAUAAGGAUGAGAAGAGAUGCGAUUUCCGAGUCAAAGGGAGCUGGUUGGAGCGUUCCUGUGUCGUCUACGCCGGCGAGUCUGACGCCAUUGUUGCCCAAAUGCACAGGAGGCACACGGUACAGAGCGUGUUCUUGGGAAAGGACAAUUUCUCGGUGACGGUUUAUCCAAAUGUGGAUUAUGCUUUCAUUGCCUCUCUCGUCGUCAUUCUCGAUGAUGUCAACCGAGAAGACCGCAACGCCAGCUGA